UCCAGCGGAGGAGGCUGUCGUGUUUGUUGUAUCAAUUUGUAUGUCAAUUAUCAAUUAACCCUUGUUAAUAAUGGCCUGUUGAUUAUUAAAAAGCAGUGGUUGCUGCAGAUAUUAUCGAUGUGCAGUGUAGUGUGUGUGUAAAUAAUGGCUGCUGGCGGCGAGGAGCUGUGGCGCGAGUGCGCGUCCUGGCUGACGAGAUGUGGCUUGCUGCGACCGGACCACAAGGCAAAUUGGGAGACGAGCACUAUACACGAUUUGGCUUAUACGUUGCGGGACGGUGUUUUACUAUGCAAUCUAUUGAACGUAUUGCAUCCUGGCUGUAUCGAUAUGAAAGACGUAAACCAAAGACCGCAAAUGGCCCAGUUUCUGUGUAUGAGGAACAUAAAAGUAUUUCUGCGAUCAUGUCAUGAAGUUUUUGAGCUAAGAGAAACAGAUCUCUUUGAUCCUUCAAUGCUCUUUGAUCUGUCUAACUUCCAUCGAGUGCUGUGCACGCUGGCCAAACUCAGCCAGUGUCCUAAGUCAUUGGCUAAAAAUGUUAAGCCAUUCUCAGCUCAUCGGACACAAUCAGAAGAAGAGAUAUAUAAAGAUCUGCAAUCAACCGGCGACGCGUGCCCACCGCGCGUGGCCGACGUGAGCGAGUACACGAGCUACUGCGCGCGCAUCCGAGACGAGGAGAUCUACCGCGACCUGUGCGCGCUCAGGCCGGCGACGACGCACGCGCACGCACCCCACGCGCACGCCGCGCACGCCCACUCGCUGCAGAACAACGCUUUCGCUCUGGCAACAUCGUCGCAUAGUCUAGAGAAGAGAGAUUACGUUAUAAGGGAGCUCGUAGACACGGAAUGCAAUUACGUCGACGUACUGAGCAAAAUAAUUAAAUACUUCCUAAGGCCGUUGACACCCUACCUCAAACCUCAAGACUUGCAAGUUAUAUUCUUUGGUAUAAAGGAGCUGCACGAGACGCACUCCGGCUUGCUGCGUCAGCUCCGACUGGCGACGGAGGCGUGCGUGCCGGGCGGGGGAGCGCCGCGGCUCGCCGACGUGUUCUUGGCGUGGCGCGAGCGCCUGCUGCUGUACGGAGACUAUUGCUCCAACCUCACGCAUGCACAGGACACGCUCAAGACCCUCGAGGCUAGGGACAACACCUUCGCUAAACAACUAGUGAAAUGUCAGAAGGAGCACAGCGAUGGUCGUAUACAGCUCCGCGACAUACUGUCGGUGCCGAUGCAGCGCGUCCUCAAGUACCACCUGCUGCUCGACAAACUGGUGCACGAGACGCAGCCGAACCACGAAGAUUUUCGUGGGCUGGAGCGCGCGAAAGAGGCGAUGGUUGAUGUGGCACAGUAUAUCAACGAGGUGAAGAGGGACAGCGAAGUACUGGCGUUACUUUCCAAAGUACAGGAGAGUAUAAUCGACUGGGAGUACGGGGAGCUGGGCGCGACCGGCGCGGGGCUGGCGGCGUACGGCCGGCUGCUGCUCGACGGCGAGCUCAAAGUGAAGGCUCACGAGGACCAGAAACUACGCUCGCGAUACGUCUUUGUCUUCGAUAAGCUCAUGCUGCUAUGCAAACCUGUCAAGGACAAUCAGUACUCGUACCGCAUCGGGGUGCGGCUGGCGGAGUAUCGCGUGGAGGAGGCGAACGCGCGUCGCACGCUGCGCGGCGAGUCGCGGUGGGCGGCGCACUUCUACCUCGUGCGCCGCAACAAGCGCGCCACAUUCACGUUGUACGCGCGCACUGAAGACUGCCGCCGCAAGUGGAUCAAGGCUAUUAGAGAUGCCAUAGACAAUCUGGAACCUUCCGGAUGCCGCAGUACCAACCACAAGUUCGUGCUGCAUACGUUCGACAAGCCCGCCACCUGUCAUCACUGCUCCAAGUUUCUCAAGGGCAGAAUAUUUCAGGGGUAUCUGUGCUCGGUGUGCAAUGCGUGUGCGCACAAGGACUGCAUCGCGCUAUCAGGUCGGUGCGGAGGAGGACUGGCGCCCGCACCACCACUGCCGCCGCACUCACACCAGCCUGACCAGGCGCUGCAUUACUACAUGUGGUAUGUGGGAGAGAUGGGCCGCGAGACGGCGACAGCUCGCCUGGAGCGACGCGUGGACGGCACGUUCUUGCUGCGCGUGCGGCCGCGCGCCGCGCUGCACUCCCCCACAGACACGCACUACGCCCUCUCCUUAAAAACGGACAACACGGUGAAGCACAUGCGCGUGUGCCGCAAGCCCAUAGACCAGGUGCCGCACUACUACCUCUCGGAGUCUCGCUUCUUCCGCAGCGUCGUCGAGCUCGUCUCGUACUACGAGCUCACCAGCCUCGCUGAGAACUUUGUCGGAUUAAACUCGAAUCUGCGCUGGCCGUUCCGUCGCGUGGUGGCUACGGUGAUCCAUGACUUCCGGCCGCUGGAGUCGUCGCAGCUCGCCCUUCGCCCCGGCGCCAAGCUGCUCGUGCUCAGCAAGGAGGGCGACAGCCGCGGCUGGUGGAAGGGCAGGACUCUGGACAAGGAUGACAACCGAUCGGGAUACUUCCCGAAGGAAUGCGUGCGAGAGGAGCCGGAAUGUAUAGGCGCGCUGGACUGAUGCCAGCUCUGCCUCGCCGAGCGCGAGCUGCACUUCGUCCCACCUCCAACUGACGGCGACCUCGUCUAGGCGCCGCCCACAGACGCGCCUACAACGCGCGCCUACAUCACGCCCACAUACGGUGGUUAGAAUCGAGGUUACAAUUGCACACAAACCGUGUUACAUUUGGUUUUGUGACGGCGGUUAUUCUGCUAUGAGAAGAUACUUCAAUACUAGCAGUUUUAUAUGUGAAAAAGACUAUAUUGGAAUUGGCUGAGUAGACUCAUGCACUUGGUUAUUCUUCAAUGUAAAAGAGUAAGUGUUAUUUGAUGUUACCCCUUACCUAUAUAAUAAUUCUCUUUAUCAAGUAGUGUGUCGAUGGAAUUGGACAUUUCGAUGAAAUCGGUUAUUUCAAAACCAGAGACAAAAUAUAUUUGUCAAAGUCUAUUCUAGAAUAUAUUUAAUCUAUGACAAAAAGAAAUUGCUCUCACUACGUCUUACUACGUAAAACUCAUAUCUGUUUCGAAUAUUUUAAGAUGAAUUCGCAAAUUGACAAGCGAACUUUAGUCAUACAAGAUUAUAUGAAUGUUGAUGUUUUAGAAACGGAGUAGAUAUAGUAAGUUAUUUUUAUUACAUUGACUUAAUAGGCUGCUAUUUUAAUGCAUGCAGAUGUUGCGUAUGUUCACUAUUGUGAAUUUAAAGUUGUAAAAAACAUCCUGUGUUAUAUGAAGACACAAAUUAAAUCUCAAUCUAUUUAUUAGUUUGUAGGACAUAUGUUUUUAUUUUAACGUAUAAAUAUAUCUAUACUGUAAUUGUUAAAUAGAAAUGCAAUAUGAACGCAGAAAUGAAAUAAAACGAUACUAUACGUAAAAUUGGUAAAAAAUAAAUUAAUGGCUGACGUUGUACAUAUAGAACAAGAAUUAUCAAAA